AUGUAUAACUUUGACAAUAAUUUUCAUCUUCAGUUUGAACGUUGUAAUACUUUAGACGAAAUUGUGCUUAAUUGUUCUCUUUUUCUUUUGGCUGGAUUUGAUACAACAGCUAAUACUCUAAGUUUAAUAGCACACAAUUUGGUUAUUUAUCCCGAGGUUCAGAAACGCUUAUUUGAAGAAAUUGAGGAAAUUUGUGGAUUAGAUGAUGGGGAAAUAAUUAAUUAUGAACAAUUGGCUAAAUUAAAAUAUGCUGAUGCUGUGUUUAAAGAAACACAAAGAUUAUGCCCAAUCGCGACUGAUGUUGUCAAUAGAAGAUGUGAAGAGACUACAACCCUUGGAAAUAUAACAAUCGAGAAGGGAACAUUUGUUUCAGCCGAUUUAUUCACUUUACAUCGAGAUAAAAAAAUUUGGGGAGAAGAUGCUGAAGAAUUUAAACCGGAAAGAUGGUUAUUAAAUGAGAAUAUAAAUACACCUACAGAAUAUUAUUAUCCUUUUGGGGGAGGGCCUAGAAUUUGUAUUGGAAUGCGUCUGGCACUAAUGGAAAUUAAAAUGGUUUUAGUUCAUUUACUACGUUCUUUUGAAUUGGAAAAAUGUUCUGAGACAGUGUUAAAACCUAAUUUGGCUGGACAAGCUGUAUUAAAUUCGGGAAAGAUUUGUGUAAAACUAAAUUUGAGGAAAUAA